AUGUCUGCCGGCGGCCACCACAACGCCAGGAGCCGUGCUGGUUCGAGUACCGCGGCCCAUGAAAAGGGGCGGCUAGCCCACACACACGGCUACCCCAUGGCGACGCCGAACACGAACACCGUCGUCCGCUACUUCGAACCAUGCGCCGCCACAGCGUCCAUGUUCCUCUACGCGCAGGGGACCUCGGUCGUGUGCUGCCACCAUGACACGCUUGCGAUAGAAAGGCGGUUUGCGCGGCACUCCGAAGAGGUGCAGUUACUGGCUGUUGACAACCAUAGUGACAUAGGAGCGGGAAGGCUGGUCGUCAGCUAUGAUGCAGGGCAGACGGCCAUUGUGUGGGAUCUCUUGACGGGAGACGAGGUCGCGCGGUUUGCGUCAUAUGAGAAUCUCACGUGCGCUGCUUGGAUGCGCAACGGCAAUGUCGUCUUUGGCAACACGCAGGGCAACGUGAUACUCUUCGAGCCCACAACGUCAGAGCACCUCUCUGCGAGGACGCUCGACCAGAUAGCCAUCUCGGCCAUCUCACCAGCGGCUGACUGCAGGACGUUCGCGAUUGGCUAUCAAAACGGCUCGCUCCUGAUCGCCACGCUUCAGCCAAGGUUCACCAUUCUGCACAACCUGACGACAUCAAGAGGGCCGUCUCCAAUCGUAACGCUGUCGUGGCAUGCUUCAUCGUCCAAGUCGAAGUCGGAUAUGCUGGCUGUGCAGACCAACGAUGGCGACCUCCGCGUCUGGAGUGUAUCCAAGUCGUACAACAGCGAUGAUCCGGCCAAGAUCGUGCGUAUAUUGAAGAGGACGGAAAACUAUCUAACAGGGCCCAAUUGGAUGGGCUGGUCCAAGAACGGCCGAAUCGUCCAGUUCUCAGAGGGUGAGACAACUUCGUGGGAUGUGCGGACGAAGCACGUUACGUGUGAUACGAUUCCGACUCUCGAGAUCGUCCGCGGGCUGGCUGUCUAUGGCCCGGGGGCCGUUCUCUUCACGCUAGGCGCCAACAACACCGUGCAGCAAUUCGAUCUAAACGCGCCAGUCAUGAUGGUCAAUAACGUACAGCACCCUGCAAACUUGCUGCCACCGUCGCCCCCAAUCUCGCUCGAGGCCGAGGACAAGGGCCGGUCCGGCAGUGUCUCGGAGACUGAAUCCCAAUCCCAAGUAGAGAUCACAUUCCGGCCGUCCGGGUUAUCCGAAUCAGAAGACGACCACAGGUCACCUCUGGCGCGGUAUCUCCAGGCCGAAGCCGAGGCCGAACAAUAUCGUCCAGCCACGCCGGCUUCCAACAUCACCCGGUCGAGCGUCUCGAUUUCGUCCUCAACGUCACAAACGGCACCGCGGCGGUAUCCGGCGUCGGUGGCUUCGCGGGGCAUGACCGAGAAUACGUACAUUUCAGCGGGUUCCUCUCUCCGGUCAAGUCAUGCUCAGCAGCAGCGGCAAAGAGGGGAAAGGGAAUCCCCGUCGACAACCAGCUCCAUAUCUAUGGGCAGCUCGCAUUACCGGUCCGCUCACAAACCAUCGAGGCUGCGCCAUGAAGUGCCCCGGAGCCCAGAGGACUCGAGGGUCAUCGAUCUCUUCAAGUUCACAAAAAGCCGUCUUGCUGACGUGCCAUACAAAGCGCCCUAUUCUACCGACCACAGCCGUCUGACCAAUGACGAUCUGCGGCGGCAGAUGCUGAGCACGAUCUUCGGGUGGCACAAGGAGGUGGACGACCUCGUUCGCGACGAGAUGUCCCGUCACCCCUUGGGUUCCACCAACCGUAUUCUGCUGGCCAAGUGGCUGGGCGACAUUGACACUGACAUUAUGGCCAUGGGAUCGGAGAACAUGACGUCGUCCGACUGGAUGCUUCUAGCGCUGAGCGGGAUUGGUGGGCAGGCAUCUCAGCAUAAGCUGGGCCGCGCGUACGUCCAGCGACUCCUGGAGAACGGGGAGGUCCAUACUGCUGCGACUAUCAUGAUCGGCAUGGGCGACCACAACGAUGCGGUCGAGAUCUACGUCUCGCACAAGAAGUACAUGGAGGCGCUGAUCCUCACUUGUCUCUUCUUCCCGGCCGCCUGGGAGCGGCAGGAGCAGAUCGUUCGAAAAUGGGGUGAAUGGGCUGUCCAGCACGGCCAACAGCAGUUGGCAAUCCGGUGCUUUGCGUGCACCGGCCACGAGUCUACUGAGCCAUGGUCAUCGCCAUCCGCGCAGCAGCUCAAUUUCCCAAGCAUCACGCAGACUGUUCCGGAACUGAUGAGCCCUCCCCUCUCCCCUCCGGUUAUGAACCAUGGGCCGCAGAGGAGUGUCGCGAAGAACGCGGCCUUGAAGCUCAUCACGUCCUUUGGCGACUCGCAAGCCAAGUCCAAGCUCUUCGCGGGACAUGUCGACGAUGGCAGGACUCCGAUUGCAGCGGGCGCGACGCCCAUUCUCGAGUCGGCGCUCUCUCCGGGUGGUGCCGACCCGGCAACCGCGAUCCUGCGGGGCAACAGGAGCCAAUUCAACACGCCAGCGUCUGCUCGCCCGUUGCAAGGCUUCGACCGCGAGCGGCUGCCUUCUAUUGGAGAAGCUCCCGAUUCGGCCCAACGCGAACUGUUGACCGCGGUGACGAAGCCGGCCGUGGACCCGUAUGCCGACGCGUUCCAGUCGAUGGAUCUCCGCGACAGCUCUGUCCGAAAUCUCGAGCUGACAAGACCGAAUACUGCCAGCCCAAGACUGAUGAAGAACAACGUGAAGGGACACCCGCCUCCAUCUCCGUCUCCGGCUGCGGUUGCUGCCCUGAUGGACAGCGGGCGAAGGCGAAAUGGCUCCCGCAGCCGAAUCCCCGAAGGCGUUGACCUGUCUCUACCGUCGUUCAAGGACUCACUGCCGGAUGACCUCACCUCGCCCGAGCCGUCAGCGCAUUCUUCGGUCCGAUACCACUGGCCGUCCAGACGAAGAGGUCCAGGAUCCGUUUCGAGCUCGGUUACAUCAACAUCUGUGGCCUCGAGUGUAGCAAGGAGCCAUCGCGGACAUCAUCAACAGCAAGGAAAGAGCCUGGACGACUACAUCCACAGCCUGGAUGCGGCUCAGAGCAAGCCGCAGCCACGCGGGGGCAGCCGUGACCGCGACGGUCACCAUGCGCGGGAAACUAGCCAGACCCGAAGCCGGCACCGCGAGAAGUCGCGCGACCGCGGACGGGCUGCAGCACGGGGCUACACGCCCAAGGGUGGCAAGCGAUCGCCCAAGUCGCCGGUGCCUAUGUCGCCGGAGGACCUGAUCAACUUGGCGACGCCGAAGGAAGACUUCGAGCAGCCGCGACACAGAGAUGGCAGGGGAAUACUACUUGACGUUUCCAACGACGAACUGGAGCCGUCAAGCCAGCCCAGCACGGUGAGGAAGGUGGGCUAUGCAAACCGGGACGGAUCGCGUGCGAGGGGAUCCAGCCGCACCGGCAGCCGGAACGGUCGCGGUUCAAGCCGCGCACGGAGUCCCGACAAGCGUCACGAUCUCCGUGGCCGCUCAGAGUCGCGUGGACCGCCCGGGAACCGGUCGCCGUCCUCGCCGCAGCCCAUGUCGGCAAAUUUGCAGCCACACGUCUACGGCUCUGACGACGAUGAAGACUACAGACGAGCCGUUGAGGAACAGGAGAAGUUCAGGCGGAGGAACAACCGGAGCACGAGCAGAGCCAGCCGUGGGGAAGGGCCUACUUCUCCAUUAUCCGUUCGGUCGACGGCGUGGUCCACCCGCGAGACGGGCCGUGAGAAGUCGGAUGGCAUCCGACGGACCACUUCGCACGCGGGGGCGGAAGGAUCCUCGCGCCGCAAGAUUGGGGCACCGCUCCAGACUCCGGCGCCAAUGCAGCUUGUAACGGACAGCUCAGGGGACCUGAAAGUCAUCAAGGACGAGAGGCAGCUCAAGAAGGAGGCGGCCGCGCGUGAGCUUGAGGAGCGCCGGAAGUCGCUCGCCAGGCGGCCCUCGGCUCCGCCGAUCCUGCACCCCACUGAGAUCACGCCUGCGCCGGCCUCCCGGACGCCGCCGGCACUUAUGGAGCUUCCCAGCACGACUUACGUGCCGCCCAGAAAGGAAGACCUGCCGUCUCGUAGUGCCAGCGUGGAUCCGAGCGCCGGCAGGAGCAUGUUUGCAAACCGCGACGGGCCGCGUAUUGGGCUGCCAGCGACGCCUCGGGCUAUGCGGCUGGUCAUGGAGUCUGACGUGAGCAGGCACAACCCGGUUCCCUCGAUCCCCGCGAGUUUCACGCAGCUGGUGCAGUCUCAGCGUCGGUCACCGGAUAGACAGUCGCCCAAGAAAGCGGACGAAGAGCGGAAGGACGACGACAUCCCCUUGCUGCUCCCGUCGACCGUCUACACGCCGCCCCCGCCUGCCAACUCGCGACUGGCAGCUCAGAUCGGGAGGUCGAUGUCUGCUCCUCCCCAGGACCUGGUGCAACCGCAACAGGGCCAUUCCCGCCGGCCGUCUGCCGCGAACACGAUGUCGAUGCAAGGACGACGGCCGUCUCACGACGCGAAUGCCUUCCCCGGCCGGAGACCGUCCCACGAUGCCAACAUCCCCCCGCCGCCUCCGCCACCAGUGCCGCCGAUGCUCAAGGAACUGCAGCACCUCGCCCAGCCGCCGCCGCCGCCGCCGGCCCCGCUCCCGCACCUCGGUGGUGGCGGUCCCAAACCAGUCGUCUACGGCGGCAGCUCGGGCAUGAUCGAGAUUGUCAUGGACGAUGACCAACAGCAACAGGACCACCAGCAACAACAGCCCCAACAACCGUCGUCUCAACAAUCCCAGCAAGCACCUCCUCCGCCACCGCCCAUACCCGCCGCCACUCCCGUCAGCGAGGCCACGGUGCCCAUCAUCUCUCCACCCAACCCGCGCCACGGCGGCCACAACCGCGGCCGGAGCAGCGUCGACAACACGGGAAACAGCGGCAGCAGCAUCGGCGCGCGCCUCUCACGGGCGACGGAGCGGAUGCGCUCGGCGAGCCGCAGCCGGAAUAAGGAGAGGGGCGGCAUCGGGGAGAUGACUAUCUCGGUGCCGGCGCCGUACGAGAGCGUGCCGCUGCCGCCCCAGUCGUCGAUGGGCAUGAGUGGUAUGACUUAUCGAGCGGUGGUCGGCGUAGGCGGUCAGGUGUACCAGCAGGUGCAGGCGCAGGUUGCGCAGCAGGAGGGGAGGAAUGAGUUUCGGACGGGGUUGCAUCAGAGUGAGAUGAUCUGA